AUAUAACCUACUGGGUGUUGAUAGACUGGUUGUUGAGGUGCACAUGAAGCUGUCAUUAUCAUUGUUUCCAAUUGAUAACCAUGGCAUGCCUUGUAGGUUAUGGAAGUCUGAUGCUUUUGGACUUCAAUGUUCUUGAGAAAUAUUCGAAUAUUGCUAUAUAAAGCUCCUUUAUUGCACCCAAAUGCCACUGAGCGACACAAGUCGCCUUGAAAUUGUUGAAGCAUUAAGGUGGCACAAGCACUGCUAGACACAAGGCAUUUUGCUACUACCACAGAUACUAUUACCCAGAAUUGCUCAACGGUAUGCCCUGCAACUGUUCUAGCGUUUGGAGCCUUGAUUCGGAGAAACAUCAGGAAUUGACAAGGUUUUUUAAAUUUUUAAAGAGUACAUAUGGCAGAAAUUGGAAGCAGUUGUUGUGUGGGUUUAGCACCACUAUAUGAAAAAUCUAAGCCAGUUUUGGCUAUGAUAUCAAUUCAGUUUGGAUAUGCUGGGAUGAAUAUCAUUUCAAAAGUUGCGCUCAAUCAAGGAAUGUCUCACUUCACCUUGGUAUUCUAUAGGCAUGUGAUAGCCACACUGGUCACUGCUCCUCUUGCUUAUGUCUUAGAAAGGAAAACAAGGCCAAAACUCACAUUUGGGAUUUUCUGCCAGAUUUUUCUCAGCGCUUUGCUUGGGGCUACUAUAAACCAGAAUUUCUACUACGCAGGAUUGGAUUAUACCUCAACUACAUUUGCAUGUGCAAUCAGCAACAUAGUUCCUGCUCUGACAUUUCUCAUGGCUAUUCCUUUAAGGUUGGAAAGAGUUGGGAUUAGAACCUCAGCUGGUCAGGCAAAGGUUUUGGGAACCAUAGUGUGUGUAGGUGGAGCCAUGUUCAUGACAGUAUACAAAGGAAUGGCUAUUCAGUUAUGGACCACUCACAUUCAUGUGAGCGAAGGGCAGGCUAAUGCUUCUCAGCCUAAAGACUGGAUAAAAGGCUCAUUGUUAAUAGUCGGCAGUUGUAUCUUCUGGUCAUCAUGGUUUAUUAUGCAGGCAAAAAUCAGUAACAAGUAUUCAGCUCAGUACUCUAGUACAGCCUUAAUGUGUUUUCUAGUGGUGAUUCAAUCCGGAGUGAUUACCCUAAUUUUUGAAGGACGGAAUCCUUCAGUGUGGGCUAUAGGGUGGGACCUCAAGCUUCUUACUGCAAUAUACUCGGGAGUGGUGACAUCUGCAAUAUCAGUUUGUGUGAUGUCAUGGUGCAUUCUCAAAAGGGGGCCUUUGUUUGUGACUAUGUUUAGUCCAUUAUUAAUGGUAAUAGUUGCAGUUAUGAGCUCCAUUGUCCUUGAUGAGAAGCUGCACUUAGGAAGUGUGAUUGGCUCAGUUCUGAUAAUCAUAGGUCUCUAUUCUGUGCUGUGGGGAAAAGGAAAAGAAAUGGAAAAAGUAACUAAGACCCUAAAAGGAGAUUCAGUGGAGAGUUUGAGUGGUCAUGACUUAUCCAACCACUCUGGUUGUGAAAUCAGCUACACCAAAAAGCCAACAAAAUCACCAACGAAAGAAGAUCCAUCCAAUAAUAGUAAUAACAACACUGCAAUUCAAGAAACAAGCAUUGAUUGCUCUGGCAUUGACAAAACUAUUUUGGAAGACCAAGAAGAUGAUAUGGUGAUCACUGCAGAAGAAACUCAUAAGCAGAUUGGAGAAGGAUGUGUUUAGCCUUAAAGCAUGCAAACAGAGAAAUUUUUCUUUAUUUCUCUCCAGGGUAUAUGCACAGCAUAACCAUAUUAAUAAUUGCCGUUGCUAUUUCAAGGCCCUAAAUAUUCUUCACUUUUAUCAUAUAAAACUCCAAUUUUGUAAUUUGGUUUUCACAUAAUAUUUUUGUGUGCCAACCCUACUAAUUUUACUACAAAUAAAUAUCUAAAAUCAGCUCAAAUUCUACAUAGAUAUAGAGAUCCAUCAUUACAUAGGAAAUCAAAGUUUUCCAAGGAAAAAGUAAACAGCCUGCAUGAUUGCUCUUUCUUUUACUUUUUUGGCCAUUUUUGAGGCUUUGGAUGCCUCAAAUAAUAUAUGUCUGAUUAUUUGGGUGACAUAAGCCAUGAAAUUAGAUAUGAAAAAACUAAAGAGCUGUGGCACUGGUUGGUGUAUUAAAGGGGGAAAUCACGGGAAUGAGCACAGGAAUGUAAUGUCAACACCCUUUUUAAGUAGUUGACAGUUGAGCAGAGGCAGAGGCAAUUUGAUCUAUGACUGAUAGACAAGUUUUGCUUUCUUCAAGUUA